CUAUCAAAUUCUUAAGAUUUAUUAUUUUCACAGAACGAUCAAGGCAUUCAAACAAGUACGAUGAAAUAUUUAAGAAUAUUACUUCUAAUCCUCUUUUGUGGCUGUAGUCUUCCUCAAGGCUUGGAUUCCGAAAUGACUACAAAUGGGUCUGAAUAUAACAAGAACGGCGACGCCGAUUCGUUAAAAAAACGUACGGAAGAGCUAGGACAAGCCAAUGAAAAAGAAAAACUCGGAUUGCCCGUCACUACCGAACGAACUAUACAGGCUACUUCUUUAAUACCAACGAUGGCAACGCCUAACGCAGUUAUACAUUCAAUGAUCGCAGUACCUGCGACAAUGGACAGGCCGAUUCCUACAAUGUCGCCGAUGUCACCGUCAGGAUUACGAGGUAAUUCAGAUACCACGAAUACGGAGGGAAAAAUGAAUUUAACCACGCAUGUGCCUGAUAUUUUAGAAGUUGGUACAACUCCAGCAGCAAAUCAAAUCUCUCCUUCAAACGGGAAUACAUCUAAAAGUAAUGCGUCCAAAAGUGAAGACAAAUGGAUAGAGGGCCUCUGUAGUUAUCCAAUUUAUAACAAUCGUGAUGCCUGUAUCGGUGACUUGGACUAUUAUACACAGCAUUUGUCACUCUGUGAGUACAGGGGUGGCGUUGUGGUGUUUGGAAUUUUCGUCGCAUCACUUGGAUUGAGUAUUAUUUUUCUUAACUGCCUGUUGCCUAUUGUUGUAUGGCAAAGAUCUGACAUGAGAACGCAGUAUGAUUAUAUAAAAGUUUCUUUAGCAUUUGCGGACAUGAUUCCUGGCUUUUUAUUACUGACUGCCGUGAUACCGAACAUGGUUUGGGUCAGACAACAUAGCGAAAAACAAGUGGUAGAAAUGCUGCAUAAUGAUACAAACUCUCCUACUGCAGUCAUAGUUGGAUCUUUGUUGACGAUGUCGGGACAGGCUUCUCUUCUACAUCUCAUGUUCUUGAGCAUCGAGAGAUUUAUCGCCAUCACGUGGCCAUUUUGGCAUUUACUGCGGAAAACUCGAACAAUAAUCGUGACUUUGAGUUUGUUAUGGAUAGCUUCAUUUCUAUGUGCAUUUGUUCCAGCCGAAUUUCCGCAAUACUUUGAAUACAUAUUUCAACCAUCUUUGUUAAUUCACUACAUGACGUUGAAAACAAUAAUUGGAACAUCGGGAAAAGUAGAAUACGGAAUACACGGCCCUCUCUACACGUCGAUUACCAUGAUUCUACCUUUUACAAUUAUGUUGGUGGUAUGCAUUUUGACGGGUAUUUCAUCAUACAGGAAAUUGAAAUCAAGAACAAAAACAUUUAGAGCCGGCGGAAAGUUCCACGCCGCAUCUGGCUCGGCUGUUGUUGACGGUAAACAGUCAUCCACUGGCGUGGCUGCAGAACCCCGACUUAAACCAACGACGAGCUUACGACAAAAAUUGCGGCCCGAAGUUUCCCUUUGGGAUCGUUUUGAUCCUAUUUGUAGCGAAGACGUUGACAUGUUCAACAUACACUACUUCAUUCGUUCUUACAUUCUACGGCGGCCUAGCCAACGGCCUCAUCAAUCCGAUAAUUUACAGUUUUCGAGACGAAAGAUUCAGAACAGCAGUUAAGAAGCUAUUUAGCAAAAGAUCAGAAAAUAAGCCAAUGGCGACCACGACUACCAACGCAUCAAGUGGAAGUUGUAAUUCUAAAUUAUGAUAGUGCGGGAUCUUCCAAAUUACAACCAUUAAACGCAAAAAAAUCAUCACCUAAAGAAAUGAAAAAUUAAAGACGGAAAAUAUUGAACAUAUUCGCUUGAUAUUUUUACUGAACGAUCUCGCCUGAGAUCCGUAAAAGAAAUGGAAUGCAGAAGUGGGUUUGGGAGCUGUUGGCUUUACUAACUCCGUAUGAGGCGCAGAGUUUGGGCUAAGCAAUAAUCUUAUCGAAGUUGGAACCAGGGGACUUCAGAUUCAGAAGACCAAGAACUUGGGGAAACCUUAUAAUAACAAAACGGUCGAUCCCAUGGGUUUAGCUUAUAGGAAAAUGCUACCGAAUCAUAUAUUUAACUGUGGUUUCCAGUGUUGAAUAGAAAGUAUACUUUUAAAAAUGAGAUCAAUAAUAGAUCAAUAAGAAUCAAAUGCCAAUUAAUGUGGUGACGUGGUGUUCAAGGACUCGUUUUACUAUAAAAGCAAUUCUGAUAUUGAUAUACUAUCAGAAUACUGACAGUUUGUACCCUUUGAAUUGCAUAUAAUGUUGUUUUUAUCAUGAAAAUGGUAUAUUUCGUAUUAUGUAGUGAGGAUAAAUUUUGAUGAAUAAACCUCAAUUUAUUAAGUAAAUCAAUAGCGUUUUUGGGUUUUU